AUGGAUGAAGCAAUACGUGCGCUGACAGAACGGAAGAUUCGCGAGUUGCUGGCUCUGGUCGGGAUACGAAGUCAAAACACGGAGCUUCCCCUACAGCAUGUUAAUGGUAUCUCCAAAUUUGGUAAGUCUGCUGUUCGAUUCACAGUGUCAAAUGCUAAGAACUCAGUGCGGGAUUCAAUGCACCGCGCCGGGGGGAAGGAGCCUCCUGCGUGUGUUACUCGAGUGCUUACCAGAGCUGCAAAGCGAUGCCAGGUCGACUACGCAGGAUUAGAUCGUCGGCCAGAGAAAAACAGGCGCAGAGUGGCGCAGAGUAAGCCGUCUGCCGCCGGCAGAAAUACGAAUGAGCCAACAACAGGCGCAAAUGUAUUAGCAGAUGACAAGCUACGAAGAGGCACGGUGCUCGCAACAGCCGUCGCUGUGGAGACGGCCGGGCCAGACCAAGCUAUCUCAGCAAAACUACCAGUCAUGGAGGGAAGUAUUCCAUUGGAAAGUUUGGGCAGCAGCAAUGCAGCUGUCAGUAUUACCACUCAGCCUCCUAGUGCAGCUGACUCUGUUGAUGCCUUCGCUGUUACUUCGUCCGUACUGGAUUUUUUUGGCUCCGCGGCGGCGCUCGGAGCUGUGGAAACGAUACUCCGGCACUGCGUUGAAGUCAAUUUCAAGUUUGCGAGAUACAAAUCUGGGGAAACAACAGUGACGACCAUAGUGGAAAAUAUUCGACGUUACGCGAGUAACAUGGUUGAUCCCGAGUACGAUCAGGCCGUAUACGCGGUUAAGAAGAGCAGAGCACUGGCGGCCAGUCAAGAUCUGCAAGUCCGAUACAACGAAACCUUUUACUGGGACAUAAUAGUAAAGAAGGCAAAGUAUCUCGAUUCAUCGACCUUGAAGAAUCAUGGAGGACCCAGUGACGAGUUCACUCAGCUGGAAAAGCGUGCGAGCAAGAUAUUCAUGGACCAGGCUGGCAUCGGAACGAGCUCUGAGAAUCAGCGCCUGCGCCGUCGCGUUUGGAAAAGUCUUUCCGAUAUGCGAAAAGCUGGCGUCAAUAAGCUCAUUCUCUACCGCACUCGAGAACUCGACCACAUAUGCGAACAAAAUCCCAAACACGACACCGUCCCGCUGGUCGACAGGGUUUUCUCAUGGGAGAAGGUUUAUGGACCGCACAUAGCGGAUCUAGAGACCCGAGCGGUAGAAGAAGCCAAGGGGAACUCUACGGAACAUCUAUGGCUAACGAAGAAUCACGUGGCAGAGAGACUCAACAACAUGCCGGAAAAGGCAUGGAAUGGUUUCAUAAGUAGCUGGUGCUCGGCUGAAGAAAAAGCCGCCUUUCAUUCGACGUCAACCCUGUCGGCAUUGAGCGACGACAUGGUGGGGAUCCCCGAUCUUUGCACCGGGGUAGGUACGGGCAGAAACAAGUCUAUAUAUGUUAUUUUGGUUCCUCAGGACGAGAAUUUUCUUUCUGUGUGCUCUAUCAUGACUAUAAAAAAGGGCGACUUUCUCGGCGUCUACACAGGAUAUCUUCGGUACUCGGAAGACUUUGACGAUGCACAUGGCAUUCGUGGGCCGACAGAAAAGCUGUGGCUAGAUUAUUCUCAGGUAAGCGGGGUCAUGAACCAGAUCAAAGUGGUGGCUCCAGGGAGUAAUGCAAAUGUGUCUCUGGAAUGGGAGUUGAACGAUGGUGGCACCAAGUCGCCUUGCAUGUGGAGAGUUGCGGUUCGGGCGCUUUGCGCUAUUCGCCCUUUCGAGGAAUUUGUCCGUGUCGCUGGCCAAGAAGCGCAAUAUCUUCUGCAUCACAGGUCUGCAUGCGCAAGGCAAGGUUUCACCAAAUCUGUUACCGCGCCAGUAGGGCAUUCGGAUGCUUUCUGA